AACUUGACGGAAGUGUGUGAGGGCAGUCGGUUGUGCUUAUAAGAGUGUGUCGGGCACUAAUGAGCAGUAAAGGCGUCAUUCAUUGAGGACAGAGUAACGCUAAAGAUCCAGCAACAGACAGAGUGACGAGCCACAUCUUGUAUCAGGAAGCGGGGACAUUUGUUUGUCUUGGGAAGAAGACAUUUGCGGCAUGGCAGUGCUGGGCAGCGCCAGUCGCUUGAUUCAAUUUGCCAGGAGCAGUGUUCACCUGAGUGUUAGGAGACACUCUACUGCUGCUGCGUUGGCUCACACUGCAACACCAGAGACGCAGGAGAACAGGAAACCCAAGACUGGAAUCCUCAUGUUGAACAUGGGAGGACCGGAAAAGCUGGAAGACGUCCACGACUUCCUGCUGCGGCUUUUCUUGGACACUGACCUGAUGAAACUCCCAGUGCAAAAUAAACUUGGGCCGUUCAUUGCCAAACGGCGAACGCCAAAAAUCCAGGAGCAGUACAGUAAGAUCGGGGGAGGCUCCCCUAUCAAACGCUGGACGUCCAUGCAAGGGGAGGGCAUGGUGAAGCUGCUGGACGAGAUGAGCCCAGACACAGCUCCUCACAAGUUCUACAUCGGUUUCCGCUACGUCAACCCCCUGACAGAGGACGCCAUCGAGGAGAUGGAAAAGGACGGUGUGGAGAGAGCGGUGGCCUUCACGCAGUAUCCUCAGUACAGCUGCUCCACCACAGGCAGCAGCCUUAACGCCAUCUACCGAUACUACAGCAAUAGAGAAGAGAAGCCCAAAAUGCGCUGGAGUGUCAUUGACAGAUGGCCGACACACCCUCUGCUGGUGGAGUGUUUUGCAGAACAUGUCAGUAACGAGCUGCAAAAGUUUCCAGCGGAGAAAAGAGACGACGUGGUCAUCCUGUUCUCGGCUCACUCGCUCCCCCUGGCUGUUGUCAACAGAGGAGACCCUUAUCCUCAGGAAGUGGGGGCCACAGUUCAGAGAGUCAUGGAGCGACUGGGACACUGUAACCCCUACAGACUGGUGUGGCAGUCCAGGGUUGGUCCCAUGCCGUGGCUUGGCCCUCAGACGGACGAGGUGAUCAAAGGUCUGUGUGAAAGAGGGAAGAAAAACAUCCUGCUGGUGCCCAUCGCCUUCACCUCCGACCACAUCGAGACGUUACACGAGUUGGACAUCGAGUACAGUCAGGUGCUGGGGGAGGAGUGUGGAGUGGAGAACAUCAGGAGAGCCGAGUCACUGAACGGGAAUCCUCUGUUCAUGAAGGCUCUGGCAGACCUGGUCCAGACCCACCUAAAGUCCAACGAGCCCUGCUCCCGUCAGCUGACCCUGCGCUGUCCGCUCUGCACCAAUCCCACCUGUGGAAGGACCAAGGCGUUCUUCGCCAGCCAGAACCUGUCGUAGAGUCUGUGUUAGGUGACGGUCGAACCUAACAGAGGUGAACCUGUGAGGAAACGUGCUGGGCCGUUGACAAACACACACACACACACACACACACACACACACACACACGCAGCAGCAGUCAGUUCCAUAAGAAGCAGAUCCAAUGGUUCCUACUCAUCCCUAUGUCUUUGAGUUCACAGCAGUUUGAUCGGAGAGGUUUUAGGUUUUGGUUUUUCUUUUUCGUCAAGACCCAGGUUGUUUUUAGAUACAUUUUCUUUUCAUAUGUGCCCAUCAGCCUCACGUCGAUUUCAUUUUCUCCCAACCAUCUCAUCGUUGUGUGCCAAAACAAGACGGCGUGAUCUUCUAGAGCAGGCGCAGAGACAUUGAUGGUCUGUGGGAAUGAUUGCAAAUGAAAAGCUUCCAACUUCAGCCUCCAGACCAGUCCUCUGAACCUGAAAUACGCCACUUCCCGGAGGCUCAGGUGCCUUAUUCUCUCUGAGCAGGAGGACUGUGUUAAACAACGUGCAGCCUCUGAUCGACAUCUCACCUAAGCAGUGUGCCAAAAUCAGAGAACGACAGACUCC